GGUGUGUCUUCUGGGGUCUGGGCAGCUCCCCUGAGCUCUGCUCUUUCCUGCAGCAGCCACUCAGCAUGGAGAGCGGCACCGGCGCGGCAUCCACACCCAGAGCGCUGGCUUACUACGUGGCCUUCUCCCAGCUGCUGGGCCUGACUGUGGUGGCCAUGACUGGCGCAUGGCUCGGUCUCUACCGGGGUGGCAUCGCCUGGAAGAGUGCCCUACAGUUCAACGUGCACCCACUCUGCAUGGUCAUAGGCCUGAUCUUCCUGCAGGGGGAUGCCCUGCUAGUUUACCGUGUCUUCAGGAAUGAGGCCAAACGUACAACCAAGGUCCUGCACGGGUUGCUGCACGUCUUUGCCUUCAUCAUCGCCCUGGUUGGCUUGGUGGCAGUGUUCGACUACCACAAGAAGAAGGACUACGCUGACAUGUACAGCCUGCACAGCUGGUGUGGGAUCCUCGUCUUUGUCCUUUACUUUGUGCAGUGGAUUGUGGGCUUCAGCUUUUUCCUGUUCCCUGGAGCUUCAUUUUCUCUGCGGAGUCGCUACCGCCCACAGCACAUCUUCUUUGGCGCCGCCAUCUUCCUCCUCUCUGUGGGCACAGCCCUGCUGGGCCUGAAGGAGGCGCUGCUGUUUAAAUUGGGGGCCAAGUAUAGCACGUUCCAGCCCGAGGGUGUCCUGGCCAACGUGCUGGGCUUGCUGUUGGUCUGCUUUGGUGGCGUUGUUCUCUACAUCCUGACCCGGGCCGAGUGGAAGCGGCCUUCCCAGGCUGAGGAACAGGCUCUCUCCAUGGACUUCAAGACGCUGACAGAGGGGGACAGCCCCAGCUCCCAGUGACAGCCUGCUCCUGUACUGUGGUGGGGCCUGGUGGUGGAGGCUCCCUCAGUUCUGUGGGGGCUCCAGAGGUGUCUAUUAGCCCACCCUCUGCUGGCUGUCCUCGUCCUCAGCAUUGUGGCUCCCAGGGAGGGGCUCAGGCAGGGUGCGUGGGGAGUGUGGGUGCAGCUGUGUCUAUUUUAGUUAUUUCCCGGGUAGGGCUUGUCCUCUGCUUUCCCUUUCUUACUGCUGCUGUGAACAGUCUGAUUAGCUGUGUGUAGCCCUCUGUCCCUGUUGCCCUCUCCAACAUGGCAGGAUGGGGGCAGCACUUGGGUGGUCAGUCCUGGUCACAGAGGCACAGACCCCAAUAAGUAGUUGGGGAGUGGGUCCCCCCUGAAGGCAGCAGGGGCCUGGGGUAAAGCCAGUGAAACUGCAGGGCCUCAGGGACAGGCCUGGAGGAGCUAAGUCCCUGUAAAGCCCAAUUCAGACCAGGAGUCCUAGCUGAAUAGCACAUGGUCCAUAUGGGCCGGGUCCUUGGCAGUGGAGCUAGUGAUGUUAUGUGUAAAGUUUGUUGAUGUUCAGAGCAAGGGUCCCCAGGAGAGGGAAAGGACUGGCCCUUGGGAAACACUGGAGAUGUGGCUUUGGCCCAGUUGCAGUCUUAACCUUCGAGUCCCGGGAUGGCCACACUGGGAGAGGGGAUAGAAGCCCAUGACUCAGACUUCCCCUGGGCAGACGAAGGCAGCCUGAGCAGGAGGCUCUGGACAGUGGGGUGUCUUGCAGCCCUCUGCUACAGGGGACCCUCCUGUUCCACUUUUCAGCUUGGUCUCCUCUCCAGGCUGCCUCAGGCACUGCUCAGGCUGGGAGGUGGGGGGCACAAAUGAACAGCUGCUGCUGCGGCCUCCUUUAGAUAGAGCCCCCAGGGGCUGCCUGCUGUGGAGCCCUCCUGCUGGAGUUGUCUGCUCUGUUUGGAGGACCGGUCUUCUCUCUUAGCAGGUGCCCAUCUGUGCAGGAAGUUGGGACGAAGUCAGAAUUAGAUUCAUCCCCUAUGGUGUCCUGACAUCACUCCAACUCCUAUGAAGUGUGUUGUUAGUUGAGUCACCAUUUGACUUCAGUCUAAAAAUAAUGUGAUUUGAGCAUUGAUCUCAUGCUUCUUAGAUUUGGCAAAAGCUUUUGUUUUCCAGGCUUUGAAGAGCCCGACACAG